UUGGGAUUAACCGUCAUGUAGGAACUAUUCACUUUGUCUACUCAAGCGAUGAAGGGGAAUAGUCCUCAGGAUUCUGAAUAUAUAAGGCCCGCAUACCCCCCUCUCUUCUCUUCUCGCAUUCUUCCUUCUUCACCUCCCUCAAGCCAUCAGUUCAGAAGUCGAGUUUGAAGUCUAUAACAUAUUCACCAUCACAACUGUCCAUACACCUGACAUUACAUUACCAUGUCUCACUCUCACUCUCGCUCUCAGUCUUCCUCUCACUCUCAGCCUCCGCCUCAGCCUCAGUCUCAAACCCAGCUCACCGAAACCCAGUUUCGUCACUCUCUUGAGAAGGCUGUCGACCAACAUGGCAAGGUCUACUCGAAGUCCUUCGCUCUCCACGUAAGGUGGGAGGAGGACAAUACGGAGGCACAGAGAGAUUGCGACAACUUUCGAGAUUUCCUUGCUGCCUUUGGUUUUCCUGCCCCUGUCAUCCUCACCCUCGAGAAGAAAGACCUAGCCCCUGGGUGGACACUUCAAGAGAAGGCAACGAAAAUGUUUCUAGCGGCCUUAAACUACUCUCCUCAAGGCCGAUGCAUCUGUUUUAUACACUACACGGGUCACGGGACAGUUGGUCCUCAUGACAAUCUGUUCUUCACGUCAGCGUCGGGCAACAAAACGAUAAAUACCAACUUGCUGAUCGACCAGUUCGUGGCAGAAGGGAUGUUUUCCUACGAUGCUUUGGUUGAUGUGGUUAUCGUCCUCGAUUGCUGCUACAGUUACCUUGCCACUAAGAGUACGAAGCCUGUUAAGCGCUCGGUUGAUAUCCUUGCGGCAGUGGACGCGAACGCUCCUGGUGCGUUUAUACCUGGUCAGCGUAUAUCCUUCUCUGCCAAACUGGCAACGAAUAUCGCCCAGCUGAAAGAGAUGGGUCGCGAGACAAUCGACAUGGCUGAGCUGAUUGCCAUCCUAAGAGCCGAAUCGCCGCAGCGGAAGCCAACGCAUGUAGUGCCUCUCGGAGUAACAUCUGCACGUCUCCCUUUCCCCGGCUCAACUCCAGGACUACGUCCUUCCGGCCCACCUGCUCUUCGUGCUGUAUUUGGCAUUGAAGUAGACCGAGAUUUCUCGGAUCAGGAGUUGCGCAAUCUCAUGGGGUGGCUACGUUCGCUAAGUCCAAACGUUGGACUUACACUCGACGGGGUCUACAAGACUAGUUCAACUGGUUUUGUUUUUCAGGGAUCAUACGCAGUUUACUCUCAACUCAAGGGACUUCCGUCCGUCAAGCUGUUAUACGAGUGCUCAACGCCUAAUCUCCUUCCGUCGGUUCGUGCUGGCACUCCCAGUGGUAGUCCAGCCCGCGCGCCAUCUCAAUGACCUUCCAAGGCCUUCUCCCCAAGGGUCACAGGUUUAGCGGAUCCGAAAAACACUCCUUUCAGAUAUUGAAUAAGAAUUCUCGAAUCUACAAUGAUAUCCGUGAUAUCCGGGGUGGUCAAGGUGUAGCGGGUGUUCAUCAUGGAGAUUAUGGAGCCUUGGGGGGAUUCAGUUUCUGUAUCUGACCAUUUGCCAGUAUUUAGUAGUGCCUCCAGUUCCCCCUCUUUUGACACUACAAUCCCUGCGGAUGAACCA